AUGAGCGAGCUCGACCAGUUGCGGCAGGAGUCCGAGCAGUUGAAGAGCCAGAUUCGGGAAGCCAGAAAAGCUGCCAAUGACACGACGCUCGCCUCCGUCGCCGCCAACCUCGACCCGAUCGGGCGAAUCCAGAUGCGCACACGGCGUACCCUCCGGGGACACCUUGCAAAGAUAUAUGCGAUGCACUGGGCAAGUGAUUCACGAAACCUCGUCUCGGCCUCACAAGACGGAAAAUUGAUCGUCUGGGACUCGUACACGACGAAUAAGGUUCACGCCAUCCCGCUUCGUUCUUCCUGGGUGAUGACCUGUGCGUACGCGCCGUCGGGAAGUUUUGUAGCCUGCGGUGGCCUUGACAAUAUCUGCUCAAUUUAUUCUCUGAAGACUCGGGAAGGCAAUGUGAGGGUAUCGCGUGAGCUGCCCGGGCAUACCGGAUAUUUAUCGUGCUGCCGAUUCUUGGAUGAUAACCAGAUUGUCACUUCGUCAGGAGAUAUGACUUGCGCACUUUGGGAUAUCGAGACGGGUCAACAAUGCACUGCCUUCACGGGACACACCGGAGACGUAAUGUCGCUCUCCCUGUCGCCCGACAUGCGCACCUUCAUUUCUGGUGCCUGCGACGCUUCGGCCAAGCUGUGGGACAUUCGAGACGGAAUGUGCAAGCAGACAUUCCCCGGACACGAAAGUGACAUCAAUGCUGUCGCGUUCUUCCCCUCGGGCCACGCUUUUGCUACUGGCUCCGACGACGCAACUUGCCGGCUAUUCGACAUCCGCGCCGACCAGGAAUUGGCCAUGUACAGCCACGACAAUAUCAUUUGCGGCAUCACCUCAGUUGCCUUCUCCAAGUCGGGCCGUCUGCUCUUCGCCGGAUACGACGACUUCAACUGCAACGUCUGGGACUCGAUGCGGCAAGAACGAGCUGGUGUGCUCGCCGGCCACGACAACCGCGUCUCGUGCUUGGGCGUUACGGAAGACGGAAUGGCCGUGUGCACCGGUUCCUGGGACUCCUUCCUCAAGAUCUGGAAC